CGACUUUUGACUUUGACGCUCAGAGGCAACGCAACGUGGAGCGUCGAGUGGGCACUUUCCUCGGCAUCAGCAUCUCACACUCACCACCGACACUUGAGCGACUCUCAGGACUCUUCUUGCCGGAAAUCAAUCGUCUAUCCCGCAACAAGUAUUGACAGCUUUGCAGUCCUCCAAACUCCCUCACACAUUCAAACUUGCCGACCGUCCACAUUACGAUCGGCGCCUGCAGACCCCGACAUCUGCGAGCAGCCAACGAAGCGUCCUGUUGCGUCUGCUGCGUCGAUCCUUGUGGGUCUAAAUUAGGCUUUUUGCGCAUCCCAUAGCGCAGUGUUGUCAUCGAUUUGCGGGCACGGAUUUCAUCGCACGGAACUGUCGAGCAGGAGUAGCUGAAGCGCAACUUUCCCAAGGAGAAGGGGGGACGGGAGAUUAUCAACGAUGCUGGCACACGAUCUGUGCGCGAUGAUCCAGAAUGGAGCUCGGGGAAGGAUAAGAUCCGUUCCUUUGCCUUUCACCAAACGAGCGCUCAAUCUCUCCUCUGUUCUUCUCAAGCACGGCUUCCUCUACAAUGUCACCCUGGGAACUCAUGAAGGCCCAUCUCCCUCAUCCUGGCAUCAGGCAACGUCCGACGGUUCUCGAAAGAUCUGGCUAGAUAUCAAAUACACAUCGGAUCAAUCUCCCGUCUUGCGUCAACUCAACGUGGUCUCCAAACCCAGCAAACGCAUCUUUGUGGAUGAAAAGGACUUGUUGUUGCUUUGUACGGGAAGGAGAGCUGCUUUCGUUCCCCCUUUCAGGACCGGCGAGAUUGGUAUUGUGGAUGCGGGCGAACAUGGCUGGUGCGAAGCUAGGGAAGCCAUAGAGAGGAAAUGGCAGGGAGAGCUGGUGGCUCGAGCAAUGUGAUUAUCCGCCGCGAAGAAAAAGUUAGAGGGGGUAAAAGCAGGAGCAAGAGAGCAUCGCUUUGGACCACUUGGGACCAACUCCAACUCCUCAAUCGAUGCGUCGGCUGUUGGCGCUUCCUUCAUUCCCACCGCUGUCACUCAUCGAUAUCUGCCCCACACGUGCGACGAGCUGCGCAGCUACGCUCGUGGCUCAAGCUCAUCCUUUGGUUGCGUUGGUCGCGACGAGAAUGUGAAUGCCUAUGGCUGCGGCAGACUGGAAACACUGCAAAGGCGGGGACCUAUCAAGAUGCUAUGAGCAAUGACAUGCAGCUCUUGUUGGCUAACGCCUCGAAUGAAGUUUUGGCAGAG